UGUGUGACUAUCAGAGUUCUCCUGGCAGCCAUCAUGAAGGGUACAGUCUUGAUCUGCUGUUUCCUCUCCCUGCUGCUUUUGCAGGCCACAGCAGAAGAAGAAGGAGAAGAUUUCAUCUCUGUCCUCAGGGACAGAUCUCACAUCGACGAGACGCUGCGGCUUGCAACUGAAGAAAAAGCAGGAGACUAUGCAGCUGCUCUACAGAAGUUACGGAAGAUCUACCACACAUCCAUCAAGCCGAUGGAGCAGGCCUACAAAUAUAACGAGCUGAGGCAGCAUGAGAUCUCAGCCUACCCCGGACGAACCCUGGGGGACUCAGCCACAGAUGGAGAGAUCACCUCCAAGCCCAUGGUGCUGUUCCUGGGACCCUGGAGCGUAGGAAAGUCCUCCAUGAUCAAUUACCUCCUGGGCAUGCACGACAGCCCCUAUCAGCUCUACACAGGAGCUGAGCCUACUACCUCUGAGUUCACUGUAAUUAUGCACGGGGAGAAGAUCCGCUCUGUUGAGGGUAUUGUUAUGGCUGCUGAUAGCUCUCGGUCCUUCUCUCCGUUGGAGAAGUUUGGCCAAAACUUCCUGGAAAAACUGAUUGGUAUUGAGAUGCCCCACAAGAUGCUGGAGCGUGUGACUUUUGUGGACACGCCAGGAAUCAUUGAGAACCGGAAGCAGCAGGAGAGAGGCUAUCCCUUCAAUGAUGUUUGCCAGUGGUUCAUUGACCGCGCUGACCUGAUCUUCGUGGUGUUCGACCCCACCAAGCUGGACGUUGGCCUGGAGCUGGAGAUGCUCUUCCGGCAGUUGAAGGGUCGUGAAUCCCAGAUCCGCAUCAUCCUGAACAAGGCUGACAGCCUGGCCACCCAGGACUUAAUGAGAGUCUACGGAGCGCUCUUUUGGAGUUUAGCUCCUCUCAUCAACGUGACUGAACCCCCCCGCGUCUAUGUCAGCUCCUUCUGGCCAUAUGAAUAUGCAGCUGACACUAGCCGUGACCUCUUCAAGCGAGAGGAGAUCUCUCUCCUGGAAGAUCUGAACCAGGUGAUUGAAAACCGCAUGGAGAACAAAAUCGCCUUCAUCCGCCAGCAUGGCAUCCGCGUGCGCAUCCACGGCCUGCUUGUAGACCGCUACGUCCAGACCUUUAAAGAGAAGAUGAGCUUCUUCAGUGACCCUGAACUAGUCUUCCAGGAGAUUGUGGACGACCCAGACAAGUUCUACAUUUUCAAAUCCAUCCUAGCCAAGACCAACGUCAGCAAGUUUGACCUGCCCAACCGCGAUGCUUACCGUGACUUCUUUGGCAUCAACCCUGUCACCAACUUCAAGCCCCUGACGGCUCAGUGCUCCUACAUAGGAGGCUGUCUGCUGGACAAGAUCGAGAAGGCGAUCACCAAUGAGCUGCCCGCCCUUCUGAGCAGCAUUAACUCUGGCAAGCAGCCCGGCCUGUCCUCCUGCGAGGCUACCGGCUGUGGGGAGAAGCCAAAGAAUCGCUACCGGAAGAACUGAGGAAAACAAAAUAACUUGAGUGGGGGAAGUAAGAAGAGAAGGGGUCUGGUGGAAGCCAACCCUGCUUUUGUCAGAACGCCUGUAUUGUUGAGGAGACAGAGGAGAGGAGAUUAGUGUUUGUUUUUUUUCUCAGGAGAAUAUGGGGAGGUGCAUUUAGGGACUGUGGGAAUGAGGCAGAUAAAGGGAGGGAAGGGUCAUUGUUUUGUUACGGCAGCUUAAGGACACAAGUGCUGAAGAAAUGAGAACACGCCGCUGAUCACUGAGUUUGGUUAAAAUACACGCCCUCCUCUCUCCCUUGCACAAUCACAGUGGACUGUCUGGGAUUCUGGGGUUGAUGUGAAGAAAUACAGAAAUGAAAAACAAAAGUAAGAUCGAAUAAAAAUUGAAAAUCCUGAGACUGAAAACAGUCAAAUACCAGCUCCCUUGUAUGUGAAUAAAACAGGAAAAAGUGGAAACAGGAGUUGCAAAUUUGUGUUGUAAAAUCUUGCAUUGCAGAUAUUCAAUUCCAUAAGCUUCAGAAGCUGAUUUUGAAGUAGCCUUUUUUUGUGGGUGCUAUUCAAAGCCUUUGUGUUUGUCAUCCAAGCCUUUGCUUUUGACAUAGAUUAACAUUUACAUUGCAUGUUAGAUCUUAUUUAACAGAUGCAUGCAUUUCCUGCUAAUAUAAAGUUGAAGUAAUAUUUCCUUAUGUAACUGAAACCUGAACAGACCCUGCCAUGCAACAAACAAGGCCUUUUUUUUCUUAGUUUUAUACGCUCAUCAGUCCUGGUUGUUGACAACUUGUGAAAUGAGCACUGUGAUGGAAGCAGAGGUCAGGGUUCAAGGGUCAGAGUCUUCAGAGCGGGGUGGGUGUGUUCAUUCUGCUUCACUUCUUAACUGUUCUUACUGUUUCUGUUUGCGUCUAUAAAUUUGCCAGUCUUUGGCAGAAAUUCAA